AUGAUAUACAAAGCCGUCAUUCUCGUAGGCGGACCUUCUCGUGGUACGCGUUUUCGACCGCUUUCUUUGAAUGUACCGAAACCUUUAUUUCCAAUCGCCGGUCAUCCAGUUAUUUGGCACCAUUUGGAUGCCUUAUCUAAGGUUGAAGGUUUGAAAGAAGUCCUACUGAUUGGAUUUUAUGAGGAUUCGGUUUUUCAAAGGUUUAUAGACGAUGCAGCUAGAGAUUUCCCACAGAUUUAUGUUCGUUAUUUACGCGAAUACCAGUCUUUGGGAACAGCUGGAGGUCUAUAUCAUUUUCGGGAUGAAAUUCAAAGAAACGACCCGCGCCAAAUAUUCGUUCUUAAUGCUGAUGUAGCGUGUAACUUCCCCCUAAACGAAAUGAUUAAAUUUCAUAAUACGCAUAGAGGAUUAUGUACGAUAUUAGGAACUAAGGUUGCCCGUGAAGUUGCUAAUAGAUUUGGAUGUCUAGUUGAGAAACCAGAAAAUCACGAAGUUUUGCAUUAUGUAGAAAAACCUGAAAGUUUUAUAUCUAAUUUAAUUAGUUGCGGUAUUUAUUUGUUCGAUUGUGCUAUUUUUACUGAAAUGAAAAAAGCAAUGCAAAAUAAGGCCAAUCGAGUCGAUCAAGAUCAAAUUCAGGUGCAAGAUGAUAAGCUUCGCUUAGAACAGGAUAUACUCCGACCUUUAACAGAAUCAAGUAAAUUAUUUGUAUAUGAAACAACUGAUACUUGGAUUCAAAUUAAAACUCCCAGUUCAGCUGUUCCUGCAAAUGCAUUAUAUCUUGAACAAUAUCAAAAAACAGAUCCUGAUCGAUUAUUAAAAAACGUGCCUGAUGGUCCUACUAUAGUCGGGCUUGUUUAUAAACAUCCCACCGCCACUAUCGAUCCUACUGCUAAGAUUGGCCCAAAUGUGACUAUUGGCCCUCGUGUGGUCAUUGGAAAGGGUGUUCGCAUCAAGGAUUCAAUUAUCUUGGAUAAUGCAGAUAUUAAAAACAAUGGUUGUGUUUUGUACAGCAUUAUCGGAUGGGAUUCAAAGAUUGGAAACUGGUCUCGUGUUGAGGGUACACCGACGACGGAUCAUUCAACAACUGUUACACAGAACGGUGUUAAAAUCCAAUCAAUUUCUAUUCUUGGUAUGGAUUUACAGUUUGAAA